AUGAGGGCUCUUGUUGUUCUCAAAGCUUUUUGGAAGUUCAUUUGGGUAGGCGGAAAUCCUUUCGCCAUCCUCACAGCAAUUCACACUCCCAAUGAAGAAGGCAAAUAUGUCAUUCAAGCAGAAGGUGUCCGACUUGCAUUUACCAACCAAGGAGGAGCACUUGCAAACCUGUGGAUUAACAAUACUCACGGCCAGGAGAUUGAUAUUGUGAUGGGCUUGGACAAUGCGACACAAUACGCCCAAUAUAACGGAGCACUUGGCGGGGCUUUAGGACGAUAUGCAGGCCUCAUCAGCGGUGCAAGCUUCGAGCUCAAUGGGAAGCAAUGGAAAACCUCACAGAACGGAAAAAAUGCGCAGAAGCCAGUCACCAUCAAUGGCGGGAAAAGAGGUUGGGGCAAUAUCAGACUGGACGUGGCAGUCCAUACGAAGGAUACUCUCACUUUCUUCAUAUACGAUCGUGGCGCGAACGGAUUUCCAGGAGUAUCAGGCGCAAGUCUAACUCAUACUGUCACGCCUUUUGCAUGGCACAUGUCAUACGGAUCAACACCUAUGAAAGAAGCUGGUCCCUUAGAUCUCAGCCACCAGGUUUUCUGGAACCUUGAUGGCUUUGUAGAGAAUUCGACCCGAACCAUUGAGAAGCACAAACUCUCCUUACCUUACUCCGGCUUGCGUCUUGGGAUUGACGUGGACAAGAUGCCGACCGGAGAUAUCCUGGGAAACAAGAAGAACUCUGGUUAUGAUUUCUGGUCUGGUCCUCGCCCGCUUGCUGUAGCAUUGAACCGGUCUGGAGACAAAUAUCCUGGUCUUGACAACACAUUCCUCACUAGUCGGUCACAGCCUUGGGCAAAAGAUCACAAGCCAGUUGCCACACUGGAGUCAGAAGAAUCAGGAGUCAAACUUGAUUUCUAUGCGGAUCAAGAAGCUUUGCAGGUCGUGACAUGGAAUGAUCCUGAAGAUUCAACACCACUGAAGAAAAAGCAAGGAAAUGGAACGUAUCCCAUGUUUGCCGGAAUCAGUCUCCAGGCGCAGGACUGGACUGAUGCAAUUAAUCACCCGGAAUGGCAGAGGGAUGAAAAGAUAAUUUGGGGACCUGACAGGUGUUUCAUUGCUUAUAGCACUUUCAGGUUCUCUGUAAAGAAGUAG